UAUUUCUUCGAUCCGGUACUCUCUCCCCAAACACAUUCUGAUAUUCACACCCAAAUAUUUUCUCAAUCCGCCCAUCUCGGGGAAAAAAUGGCUGAUACACAAGGCCACCAGCACUACCAGCAGUCCCUUCGUUUCCAAGGCGGCCAACAAGGCAUGCAGCAGCAGCAUCAGAAGUCCUACCAAGUCGCCAAGGCGGCCACAGCUGUGACCGCGGGUGGGUCCCUUUUGGUGCUCUCUGGGCUGGUCCUUGCCGGCACGGUCAUAGCUUUGACCAUAGCGACCCCCCUGCUUGUCAUAUUCAGUCCGGUUAUUGUCCCGGCCGUGAUCACCCUGUCCCUCAUAACAAUGGGGUUCUUGACCUCCGGCGGGUUUGGUGUGGCGGCGGUGACGGUGUUGUCGUGGAUCUACCGGUACGUGACCGGGAGGCACCCACCUGACGCGGACCAGCUAGACUCGGCUCGUUACAAGCUGGCUGGGAAGGCGAGGGAGAUGAGGGACAGGGCUGAGCAGUACGGUCAACAGCAGGCUUCUUAAACUGUGUACCACCAAAUACAUAUAUAUGUGUGUGUCCGUGUUGUUAGAUCCGGUGGUCAUGGAGUUUUAAGGAGAUCGUACGGCUACAAUAAUAAUAAACAUUGGAGUUUGAUAAAGAUUAGGGCCAUGCGCAUGGGUUUCUCUCCAUCUCUGUAAUUUCAUGUGUUUUAGUCGUACGAGAGUUGGGUUUCUGUCUGUGUUUAUUUUGUUAAUUAAGUGUAUGUUUUUCUAUCUGGGUCUUUUCUCUUGUAAUGAGUUGAAUAUUUUGGAGCUGAGACCUUGUUUGAUUAGUGUAUUUUUACUAUAUUCUUGUGAA